AUGCUGUUUCUUCAACCAUCCUUGUCUUCCUUACUUGCACUUUUCCUGGUUCUGGCUGCAUGUGGAGACGCUGAACCGCUAAGAAGGUUCCAUAUGAAGGCAGUAAACUACACAACAUUGUAUGUUGAUCCAUCAGGCUAUGGACAUUUCUCAAGCAUUCAGUCUGCUAUUGAUCAUAUUCCUUCAAACAAUGAACAAUGGGUUCGGAUAUACAUCAAGGCCGGUAUAUACAACGAACAGAUUCUCAUUCCCUCGGACAAACCUUUCAUCUAUAUUCAAGGAGAAGGGAAGUGGAAAACUCGUGUUAUUUGGGGUGGUUCUGGUCCAAUUAUCACAUGUGCUACUUUGAUCUCCCAAGCUGAUAAUAUUGUUAUCAAAAGUGUUUCCUUCACUAAUUCUUACAACCAUCCACCGGGGAGUAACAAGAAUCAAAUAAAAGCUGCAGUGGCUGCUAUGAUAUCUGGGGACAAAUCUGCGUUCUAUAGAUGUGCAUUCUUGGGGUUUCAAGACACCCUUUGGGAUGAUCAAGGAAGACACUACUUCAAGCUUUGUACCAUACAAGGGGCAGUUGAUUUUAUCUUCGGUGAUGGCCAAUCGAUAUAUGAGAGAUGUACAGUAUCAGUAGUUGCUGGAGCCUUGCGCGGAUUGACUGGCUUCAUCACAGCACAGGGAAGAAAUAGUCCUACUGAUCCAAGUGGAUUCAUAUUCAAAGACUGCAAUGUGAUUGGAGAUGGAACAACAUACUUGGGAAGACCCUGGAGAGACUAUGCCAGGGUCAUCUUCUACAACACUUCUAUGUCAAACGCUGUUGUUCCUCAAGGAUGGAAUGCCUGGGGGUUUACUGGCCAUGAGUACCAACUGACCUUUGCUGAGCAUGAUUGCCAUGGAAUAGGAGCAAACACUUCUGGACGGGUGGGUUGGGAGCACAAAUUGAGUGAUGAAAUGGUGAAGAAGUUAACUGACUUGACAUUCAUUGAUAAUGAUGGUUGGAUCAUCCAGCAACCUUUCAACAUGGUGAAUUAA